AUGGCGCGGGAACGCAGCAACUUCGAGAGCUACUCCAUGUGUUACGAGCAUGUGCUGGAGCACACGAGGCUGAAGCUCAGUCAGACGGAGCAGGAGAAGUUGCAUGAGAAUCAGCUUAAUUUGAUCCAGAAAGUGUGUGAGCUCAUCAGCGAAGAGCAGCUGCGGGACUUGGAGCAGGAGAACUGCGGCCUGGCCGCCCUGCUGUGCAAAGUGAGGAGCCUGGGCCGCUGGAGGCUGGCUGUGCAGCAGGCUCGCUUCCAGGACCAGCUGAGCAGGGCCCAGAAGGAGGCCACACAAAGUAAAAAGGAGUGUGUGCGCACCAAGCUAAUGGCAGAACAAGAAGCGGUUUUAUUUCGCCAACAGCUCCUGGCCCUGAGGCAGGCCCUGGCCCGGGCUCAGGCCCACAACGUGAGGAUGUGCGAGCAGCAGGAGAGCCAGGCCCGAUUGCUGAAAGAGUUGGAACACAAAACGACCCAGGAAUCUCUCCACCGGCAGCAGCUGGAUUUACUGAAAACCUCCAGCAUGGAGAGGCUCUUGGAAGAUGUGGAGCAAAAAGAACAGCACCUACAGCUCCUGGCUGAAGAGGCUGAGCGGGCUGCUAGACUGGGCCAGCUCCAGAGGAAGAAAACUGAGAGAGAACUCCGACAGAUGAGAAGGCAGCUUGCCCAGGAGCGCAGCGUGAAGCUGGACGCUUUCCAGCGCGUAGAAGAGCUCCAAAGUCAGCUUAACGACGCUGUGAGUUCGUCUGUCCUGAUGAGCUCACCAGGAGGCCUUAUAUCCCGGGCUCCGUACUCCCUCAGUUCUGCUCCCGCAUCAUCCAGAUACCCCCAGCAACACCUUUUAAAGACUAAUCUUAUGGGCAAUAAAAUAACAGGAAGGAUUCAGAGGCCGAAGACUGUACCUACUAAACACAAAAGAAGGAUUGAUGAUGUCUUCCUACCCAAUGUGGCAGAAAAUGUUCAACUUUCAGCUUUUCAAGUUCAAACAGCUCCAUCCAGAAUCCCAUUUAGACCCAAUUGGUAAUCAUAAAUCCUUUUCCAACUUUUAUUUCUAUAAGCACUUAAAUAAAUGUGAUUCUAAACUCCA